AUGGAAUAGUAUAGUCCAAAAUUAGAUAAGCUAGAUCACAGCAAUUCAUCCCACAGUCCAAAGAGCGCAGACUACGAUGGUCUUAAGCUUAACUUGAUUCCUUCGGCUCAUGAGAACCAUGAACUUGAUGAGAAUAUGGAAUAGGAUAUGGAGGCAUUGGCUGAUGAUUUAGAACUUUUGGAAUACUAGCGCUCCAGGUCAACACCCAAGAUUGAAAUUGACGAGUUUGGAGAUGAUGAUGAAAAAUCUUAGGCGUUCAGAGAAAGAUAGGAAAAACAAAAGCAAGAAAUGUUUACUCAGUUCUAUGAGAAUCAUGUCUAAACUAGGAUCAAGAACCCAAAGUAUUACACUCUUGAGGAGGUAGCUUAGCAUGACUCAGAACUGGACGCAUGGUCCGUUAUUGAUGGCAAAGUAUAUAACCUAACUCCAUUCAUUCCUAUGCAUCCUGGUGGGGAGAAGAUUGUCAAGAGCUUUGGAACUAAUAUAAGUGAUCUAUGGCAUAAGGUACACCCAGAGGUGAAUCUUGAUGACACAGUGGUAGCAUUAUUGUUUGAAGGAUACUUGAAAUAGGAGUGA